AUGGGUGUGGACUCCAGAAGGAAGAGCACUUCCUCUCAGAGACCAAGACAGUUUGAAAUUAGAGAACUUUACCCAUGGGUUGUCCGAGAUGCUGGUUGGCUGUUCACUCUUGCAGGGACCCAUAGGAGCAAUUUUCAACUUCAUUUAACCUACGGAACAGCUGUUAUUGGUGCUGGGUUCCUGGUGAUUAUCAAGAGGGACCCAUAUACAAGAGUUAUUGUUCAGUUCCCCGUGACCUAUCAACAUGCUCCCAGUCAGAGAAAAGUGAUGGCUGUAUUCCCGGGCCUGUCUUGUCUCCUUUCCAGGGAGAAGCUGCCACUCAGGGUCUCCCCGGAGUACACAGGCAUCUUCCAUCCCCUGGCAAAGCCUGAGCAGAUUGGAUUCCUGUCCUGCGGAACACAGAUGCUUCCUCCCGAGCCCGCCAGCCCAGGCAGUGCUCCACCUUGGAGCAGCUCAGUCCGGGAAAAAGGAGGCCUUCUGUCCAAGAGCCCCUUUCUUCUCUUUUCUUGUGGCUAUUCCAUUGUCUUCUCUGUCCAAAUUCAUUUUCUCUUCCCACGUUCUAGAAAAGAGAAGUAUGUGGAGCAUGUGAAAGUGACAUACUGGAAGAGACCAAAGACAGUAAAACAAUUGAGAACCAACCUGUUUAGGUAUGAGUUUAAAGCCAAGAACAUCAAGAAGAAGAAAGUGAGCAUUAUGGUUUCAGUGGAUGGAGUGAAAGUGAUUUUGAAGAAGAAGAAAAAGAAAAAGGAGUGGACAUGGGAUGAGAGCAAGAUGCUGGUGAUGCAGGACCCCAUCUACAGGAUCUUCUACGUCUCUCAUGAUUCUCAAGACUUGAAGAUCUUCAGCUAUAUUGCUCGAGAUGGUGCCAGCAAUAUCUUCAGGUGUAAUGUCUUCAAAUCCAAGAAGAAGAGCCAAGCUAUGCGAAUCGUCCGAACGGUGGGACAGGCCUUUGAGGUCUGUCACAAGCUGAGCCUCCAGCACACACAGCAGAAUGCAGACGGCCAGGAAGAUGGGGAGAGUGAGAGGAACAGCAACAGCUCAGGGGACCCAGGCCGGCAGCUCACUGGAGCCGAGAGGGCCUCCACGGCCACUGCGGAGGAGACUGACAUUGAUGCAGUGGAGGUCCCACUCCCGGGAAAUGACAUCCUGGAAUUCAGCCGCGGGGUGACCGACCUGGACGCUGUAGGGAAGGAAGGAGGCCCCCAUGCAGGAUCCAAGAUCUCGCCACAACCCCAGGAGCCCAUGCUGACAGCCUCGCCCAGAAUGCUGCUCCCCUCCUCAUCCUCAAAGCCUCCGGGCUUGGACACGGGGACACCACUGUCCACUCACCACCAGAUGCAGCUCCUCCAGCAGCUCCUCCAGCAGCAGCAGCAGCAGACGCAAGUGGCUGUGGCCCAGGUUCUCCUCAGCCUCCUCCCUACUUCGCAGGCUCCACUUUCAUGGGCUUGACGCGCCUCCCCUAACUAGGGGCACAGGGCAGGUUUAAAAUCUAGGGAGCCAU